AUGCUCCCGCGCGCGGCUUCGCGCGCGUGGUCCGCGAGCACGCGGAGCCUGUCCCCGGUGGACGCGAUCGCGCGCCGAGGCGCGUUCGGCGGCGUUCGCGAGGGCGGGCGUCUCGUCGUCAGAUCCGCGCGGUCCGCGAGGAGGACGCCGAUCGCGACGUUCGCCUCCUCCUCCUCCUCCUCCUCCUUCUCCUCCCCGUCGUCGUCCUCGUCCUCCCGACCCGCCGUGGACGUGGACGCGCCCAGGGGCGACCGCGUGACGCUCUGCGUGGAGGGCAACAUCAGCGCGGGAAAGAGCACGUUUCUGACGAACAUCGUCCGCGGCAGCGCGUCGCUUCGCGCCGCGGGGACGGACGUCCUCCUCGAGCCCGUGGAUCAGUGGCAAAACGUGCGCCCCGCGGCGGAGAGCAGGGAACCGCCCGCGGACGGCGAGCCGUUCAACAUCCUGGACGCGUUCUACGCGGAUCCGCCGAGGUACGCGUACACGUUUCAAAACUACGUCUUCAUGACUCGAUUUCUUCAAGAGGCGGCGUCGCGAGACCCGCGAUCGCACCCGGAGCCGCUGCGAAUCAUGGAGCGCAGCGUCUUCAGCGAUCGCAUGAUCUUCGUGGAGUCCGUGCACGAGUCCGGGUGGAUGUCGGACCUGGAGUUGUCGCUGUUCAACGCGUGGUACGACCCGAUGGUGGCGGCGUGUCCGAAUCUGAAGCCGGAGGGAUUCGUGUACCUGCGGACGUCGCCGGAGACGUGUCAUCGACGGCUGAGACGACGCGCGCGCGGGGAGGAGACCGGGGUGUCGCUCGAGUACCUGACCACGCUGCACGAGAAGCACGAGGGGUGGUUCUUGCCGGGAGGGAGGGAGGGGAUCGGUGGGGUGCGGAGAGGAGAGGAAGGCGAGGGCGGCGGCGAGGGGUUGGCGGCGGCGCCGGCGUCGAUCCGCGACGACGUCGCGUUCGUGGACGACGACCGCGUCGCGGCGCUGAAGACGACGCCGGUGCUCGUGGUGGAGUACGACGACGACCUCGAUCUCGACGCGGACGAGGUCGCGAAGGAAGCGUUGCGCGCCAAGGUGGAGUGUUUCGUGGGAUACGUCCGCGAACGCGCGGCGCGGCGGCGGCGUUCGAGGCCGUGA